AUGUUCGUCCUCGCAAUGACCGAUCUGGGUGCUGCUCGAGGAGCGGGAAACGCGGACUGGGAGCUCGAGGAGUUUCUCCGUCGAAGGGAGAUCGACGGUACGCUGGCUGUACUGCGCAGGCACGGUCACGAUCUAGCAGUGAAGCGCCGCCGCAAAGCACAGGAAACGGAGUCAAUUGCAGUUGUUUCGAGUCGAGCGCCAGAAGCGGGGAAAAUGGUGCUGGUUCCAGAGAAAAGCUCUCCGACGCAGAUCGCAGAGCUUAAAGAGUCGCCGUCAGCGUCGUCGCUGUCGCUCAGCGACAGGCUGUCAGGAUUGGACGGCGACGAGUGGGACGAUCGGUGGACGGACACGGAGGACGGGUCCUCCAGCACAUACUCUGACAGUGUGAACGCUGACGGACUCUGUCUCGACGAUUUUCCAGGCGUCCAAACUCCGUCUAAUUGUUUCGAGAGCAACACCGUGGCGAAAGGAGCAGACGGCAGCUUAGACUUGCCUGGGUUCGAAACAGACGGCGCCGUCGCAGAGUUGCCAGAAGUUGCGAUCUCGCCAGGUGACUGUACGACCAAGAGAUCUGUCAGGGAGUCUGAGACAGGCACAGAUCUGUUGCUAUGGCCGCUCAAGACGCCCCAUGCGACGGCGGCUGCUUGUAUUGGAAGCACAGGUCGAGAUCCGCUUCGGGUACAUGACGUUGCAAUUUGCGACCGUUACGACGAGGAAAAUGUCGCCGACGAGUCGUCUGUGACGGCCUCCGAUCUCGAGGCGUUCCUCGAGCGGCUGCGAAUCCCGGAAGCCGCCUUAGAGUCGCACGGCUGGCAGCAAUUGAUGACGCGUGCGACGCCUACGAUGGAAUACACUUCGCAUGCCCGCGACUGUGCGAUCGAGGGUUACGCGAAGAGCACGUGUUACCGCGGUCGCAUGGUGGUCAAAGGGGUGACUUUGGAGGCGGUGCGGGACUUUCUUCUCGACGACGAGUUCCGCGGGGAAUGGGACGAGAAUCGGCUCGAAUCGACGGUUCUGGAUGGCUGGAACGAAUUUGGGGUGUCCGUCGUUCGCUGGGUUCGUCGUCUCCCGUUUUUCCUCCGCAAUCGCGAAUACGUUGUUUCUCGGCGCGUCUGGUCCCUCGCCCCGCAAUCCUUUCCUCAAACGUUCUUCUGUAUUAACCGACACACGUCACACCCAUCAGCCGUCUCUCGGCCUUCCCUGCUGCGCGUGCCGUACUUUUACUCUUCGUGGCGAAUUCGCUAUGUUCCGAGCGAGGCGCAUGGAGAGAAGCUGACAGGACGAAGAGGCGGGCUGAAGGGGGAGGGGGGCGAGGCGGAGGGAAGCGACGCCAAGGCGGAAGGGCAAGGGGCCAGGGCGGCGGGACAUGAGCGGAAGCCGGGAGUGGAGAUUGUGACGUACCACCAGGAAGAAUCAGGGCUGCCGCGGGAAUUGGCCAGGGUGGCUGUGGUGAGGGGCAUGUGGGGUCACAUGCUGAGAAUUGAAGCUGCUCUGAGGAGUUACUGCCAGGCUCAGCGCACUGUCAGGCAGACGUUGCCUCCUUUCAUGCUGACCAUGAAUGAUUUAUGA